ACUCUGGAAGCAUGUGCAGUUCUUAGGGAAUUUUCUAGAAAAUUCUGGAAGAUUCGCAGGAAAAACAUUAAAUUCGCCAGCACACAAUCAGUGCAUCUCAGUUAAAGAUCAUCAAGAGGACAGUGAUAAAGCCACGAGAAGUGCAGAUAGUGACAAAAAGCGACAAACAAGGAUUAUUGUGUUGAAUAUUAAGCAAAAAAACAAAAUACAAUGGGAAAGGAUUUCUACAGAAUUCUGGGCAUCAACAACAGUGCUAGCGAUGAUGAGAUCAAGAAGGCGUAUAGAAAGUUGGCGCUAAAGUAUCAUCCGGACAAGAACAAAUCCCCAGCGGCUGAGGAGCGCUUCAAGGAGAUCGCCGAGGCUUACGAAGUGCUGUCGGACAAGAAGAAGCGCGAUAUCUACGACAAAUACGGCGAGGAGGGGCUCAAGGGCGGCAUUCCCGGAGCCACAGGCCAGGAUGGACAGUUCACAUAUGAAUUCCAUGGCGAUCCGAGAGCCACAUUCGCGCAGUUCUUCGGCUCCAGCGACCCUUUCGGGGCGUUCUUCGGCACGGAUCCUCAGCGAAUGUUCGAAACACACAACAUCUUCGGCGGUCUGGAUGAUGAGGACAUGUUUGGGGCACAGUUUGGUGGCCGCGGACCGGCUGGAGCCUUCCGGUCGCAGUCGUUUAACGUGCAGGGCGGCGGUUCGCCGAAGAGGAGGAAUCAGCAGGACCCGCCGAUUGAGCACAAUCUGUACGUGGGACUCGAGGAUGUUGAUCAGGGUUGCACGAAGAAGAUGAAGAUUAAGAGGAUGGCCAUGGGGCCAGAUGGGCAGCCCUACAAGGAGGAGAAGAUGCUGACGAUCACCGUGAAGCCGGGCUGGAAGGCGGGCACGAAGAUAACGUUCCAGCGAGAGGGAGAUCAGGUACCAGGAAAGAUUCCAGCUGACAUUGUUUUCAUCAUUCACGACAAGCCUCAUCAGCACUUCAAGCGUGAGGGCAGUGACAUCCGAUACACGGCUAAGAUCAGCCUCAGGGACGCUCUAUGCGGCACCAGAAUCACCGUUCCCACGCUCCAGGGUGGAUCUUUCGCCCUCGAGACGACCGGUGAGGUGGUGAAGCCCAACACGGUGAAGAGAUUCCAGGGAAAGGGUCUGCCGUUCCCGAAAGAGCCCUCAAAGAAAGGCGAUCUGCUCGUGUCUUUCGAUAUAAAAUUUCCCGACACAAUAUCUUCAGGCACGAAGGACAUUCUGAUGGAUUUGCUGCCCAAUUGAGCGCAGAAGGCGCAAGAUUGUAUAUAAUUUGCUGUAUUUCUCACUUGAAUGUAACCUCUCAUGUUUAUGAAUUAUUAUUGAUAUUACUGUAAAUAAAUUAAGUACGUUUUAGUACAAAGAAAGUCUUGUAAAUUGAUACCUAAUUGUCAGCCAAUUCUUUUCGGAGGACCUGUUCUGGAGGAGAUACAGGAUGUCUUUAGGCGAAGCCAUAAGGAAGAUGAAUAUAAUAAAUAUCAA